AUGGCAAGCAGCAUCACAGGGAUCCGUAUAAUGGCAGCACCGGUCGGUACAGUGGCGACAGUCUAUGUGGCCGCAGGGUUCGACGCUGUCUCGCUCGAACGGAUGGUCCGAGGAGUCGCUUCAGGCCAGCAACCAUCUCAGGCCCCUGAGAGACCUGACGCAUUCAUAAACUUGGUAUCUGACGAUUCCGACGUCGAGCUUGACGACGGUUCGGCGACGCGCGCAACAGUGGAUCCACAUGUCGCUAUACAGACGGCCGACAAGCUACCGGUAGAGAGAAAAGAACCAGCACCCGAAGAUGGUUCCAUUUCUCCUGCUCUGAGCUAUCUCACACUGGAUGAACACAGAAACGAACUCGGCAACCACAAUAACGCGGAACUAGAGCUAGACGCCGCUCCAGAAGAGGCUAGGGAGCAGACGUUAUCCCCGUACAGCCGCUUGCUAGCUCUUCAGUCAAGCGAUCACGAUUCAGAUGAUGACUUGCCUGUUGAUAAUGACCGCUCGGGGUACGCUGGGGUAAUUGAGCGCGAUGAAGAUCCCACAGAACGCUUGCUCAACGAUGAUAUUGGUGCAAUUAGGACUUUCCUUCAGGAUAGUUCAACGGAGCUACAUCGACAUAUGCAGCUCCUGUCUGACGAAGCGUCGCCUUCUGCUCCACCGUCGCAUCGCUCCCUCAGACUAGGGGGCUCUCAUGGUGGUUCUAAUCAGCGCAUUGGACAGCGCUCAGAGACCUCGGAUUUGAACGUGAAGCGCUGGAGCCAGAAUCCGUCAUCUGACUUCACCUUCGGAGGGAAGGGCAACCGAAGGGGCCUCCCCGUCCAUGGAGCCCGUGUUCAAAAACUUACUUUGGAUCGUCCGGUUCCAGUUGACAGCGACAGUGUAUCUGUGGCCUUGCCCAAGUCAGAGUACGCUAAGAGUCGCCGGCUUGUCGUACCAGCGAACCCAAGCUUGCCGAUAGCAGCAAUAUAUAUGCGUGGCGAUUGCCAGUUCAUUCAUCGACGGACGCGGUAUCACAUCGCUCAAUUUUCGCUGCCUAGUGAGAAAUACCGCCGGGAUGCGGUCUCGCGCCAUGUCGUCGAUGCGAUUUCCCUAGAUGACAGUACCGUCGUCAUUGCCUAUGACCGGGGACCCAGCCAGGCAUCAUGCCUCACUCUUGAUGCUGAGCAUCCCUACCUUGUAGAUCUGCCCCACAAGGGUCACACGACAGUCAUCGAACACCGCCACACCGGCACGUCGUCCCCAAACCCUGGCAUUUCCGCCAUAGCGGGCAUGCCAGCGGACAAUCGCCACCGGCGAUUUCUAUCCGGCGGUAGAGACGGCACCGUGCGCGUGUGGAAGCUUUCAGGCAGCCAGGGCCGGAGCCUGCAGGCAGAGUCUGUCCAGCUGCCGCUCUCGCCUGGCCAACCCGUGCGGAGCCUCGCGUGCCGGUCGUCCGACGGCCGCACCUUUGUGUGUCACGCACGACACAUCUCGUCUGCGCAUGUAGAAGCCCCGAGGCCCGCAACGCCGGCGCUGCUGUCUGCCGCGCCGCUGCAGGUGCACGUCCACCCCCAGAACCCGCAUGUCGUGCUGCUGGAGGUGCGUACGUAA